CUACUAUCGCUAUCGGCCAAAGGCUUGGCAUACGUGUGUUCCCCGCCAUCUCGUCAAAGCUCCUGUAAGAGCUCCCAGCGCCCUUGACAAGACGCCGUCACGAUUGGAUUAUAUACAAAACAUUAGAGUGAUCGACUCUUCCAAGAAAAAGGUCACCAAGCGACAUCUAUUCAGUCUUUUCUGGCCAACGCACCCAACCACCAAACACCUUUGUCGCAUUUCUCUCAAAACAUACAAAUCCAACAUACACAUCAUGGAGCAGCCUACCAACACCACCGAUGUCAAGGGCUUGAAGCAGAUCGUCCCUGAGGUCACCUGGGCCCAGCGUUCGUCCACCACCGAGCCCGAGAAGAACCACAUCUACAUGACCAUCGUUGUCCCCGAUGUCGACAAGAAGAACCUGAAGCUCGACCUGCAGCCCCAGUCGCUCGAAUUCACUGGUUACUCGGAGAGCAAGAAGGCCACAUACCACGUCAAGAUGGAUCUUUUCGCCGAGAUCGACCCCGCUGAGAGCAAGAUCAACCACUCUACCCGCUGGAUCGAGCUGGUUAUGCAAAAGAAGGACCUCAACGAGGAGUACUGGCCCCGCCUUCUCAAGGACAAGCAAAAGGUCCACUACCUCAAGACAAACUUCGACAAGUGGGUCGAUGAGGAUGAACAGGAUGCCGUUCCCGAGGACGAUGACUACAUGUCCCGUAUGGGUGGCAUGGGUGCGCCCUUCAGGGUAUGAUGGGUGGCAUGGGCGGUAUGCCUGGUAUGGGCGGUAUGGGUGGCGACGAGGGAGAGGACGAUGAUGACGAUGACAUGCCCGAGCUCGAGGAGACCGAGGAGGCCAACGCUGGCGCCUCCAAGUCCAAGAUUGAGGAGGUCGAGUAAAGAAGUGGCCCUUUGAUACCCGCUGCCACUUA